GUAAUAUGACAUAUAAGAAAGAGCAAAAAUAUACCUUAGACAUGUAGGUAAGCAGAGGUGGGAUACUCGAAAGACGGAAUGACCUGACAUCAACAUUAUUCAAGGCCUCGGGUGCUGAGCAUAUGACUAAGCAAUAUUCAUAACCAAUCACAGCACAUGGAUUGACUUGGUCUGGAAAUUGUCGAAACUGUGCAAUUUUGACUUCAAACCCGUCGAAAGUCCACGAAAUACCGAAUAACCUCACCACAACAGCUUUUCCUAAUGUCGUCAACUAGAAUUCUGCGUAUUGCUACGCGCGCGCAGCCAUCGGCCAUUUUCAGAUCCAAUGGACUCCGAAGCUUCACUCCUCGUGCUGCCCCAACAAUGAGCGCAACCUCUGCCAACUGUUUCAGCACCACAAGCCGUAGUUUGUCUGCCGAUAAGGACGGGCAAGAAGCCGGUCACCACGAGGAGAGUUUCGAGGAAUUUACAGCUAGAUAUGAGAAGGAAUUCGAGCAAGUUCAAGACGUUUUCGAGCUCCAGCGAAACCUCAACAACGCUUUUGCCUACGAUCUCGUGCCUUCCCCAUCCGUCGUCGUUGCCGCAUUGAAAGCCGCAAGAAGAGUUAACGAUUACCCUACAGCCGUACGAAUCUUCGAGGGUAUCAAGGCAAAGGUCGAGAACCGUGGCCAAUACGACCAAUAUUUGGAGGAACUUAAGCCUCUCCGUGAGGAGUUGGGUGUCAGCUUGAAGGAGGACCUCUACCCAGAGUCUAAAUAGAUGAUGAUAAUGGUGAAGGACGGAAGAGCUUUUGUAGAUGGAGGGAAAAUGAUGCUGAGGAUAGAUGGACGGAGUGCUUCAUGACUCUGAAUUGCGACUUUUCUUAUCUGUACAGCUGUAUUAAGAAUCACAAUCCACCACCCACCAGUUUGGAAAAGACCUGUCAAUUGCCAUCGUAUUCAGUGAUAAGAAGGAUUUUGAUAUUUGUUACUAAUACCAGUCUACAAUUCUAUGGGGGAAAAACUAUGGAUUAGAUGGUGGCUGAGGAUGGGGGAGGGGAUUAGGGAGCUUUAAUGUUAGGGCUGUUCAGAAAACAUCAAGUCAUACCAUUGUGCAGAAACAGUUUCGGCUCAGGUCAUAAUUCUCAAGGUCAAGAUAGCUCUAAACUUAUGGAAGGCUAGACCAUGAGUUUAAGACGGUCUUAAACUUCUUGAAAUUUGAACUAUGUACAGGCAACCUUAUAUGAAGCAGUUAGGCUUCAAAGAUGUAUCCUACAGAUGUCCAUAGGGGACCUGAUUUAGGGUUGGUGUGGAGACAUUGUUAGACAGGUCAAGCAAAACGAUUUUAGAGACUCGAUACAUGAAUAUUCUUAUAGAUAAAUGACUCA